CUUUAUUGUUCUCUCAAUAACAGACAGCGACGAACGACCGUCUGACGCUGCAACCUUUGAAAUGGCGUUGAUGUAGUUCAAUACGCUGUUGUUUUGUAGUUAUUGUGCUCGUUUCGGUUGCUUCAUAUUUAAGUUUUAUUGUCACGGGUGAACUUCUGGACCUGGCCUCUAUAUUUGGGCAUUACGGAAUUCAUAAACAAAAAUGUGGUAAAGCAAAUUGUUUAUAGUUUACGUUGCAUAAUAAGGCCGCAGCUACCCCCAAGCUCGCGUAGGGAUUACAACGGCUUUUGUAAGCUUGGCCUGCCGCAGCUAGACUUCGGUUUCCAAGUGAAUCUCGGUGGACAUGCGUUAGGAGAAUCUGGAAGUGAAGUCAACUAGCUACAUCAAUAACAUAACCAUUGCUAACGUUUCAUAAUUGAUAAAUAAUUGAUAGUAGUUUGUUUAGUAGUCCCUCCCACCAGAGUUAGAUUUUGACAUUGGUUUCCCCCCCCCACCCACACACACACACACACACACACACACACACACACACACACACACACACACACACACACACACACACUCUCAAUAUGGCAUCUGUGCCAGUCUACUGCUUGUGUCGCCUGCCAUAUGAUGUUACACGCUUCAUGAUCGAGUGUGACAUUUGUCAAGACUGGUUCCAUGGAAGCUGUGUUGGAGUUGAGGAGGACAAAGCAGCUGAGAUUGACCUGUAUCACUGCCCCAACUGCCAGGUCACCCAUGGGCCAUCUGUCAUGCGCAAACGUCGGGGAGGCAAUAAGCAGACAGAUGGUGCUGCUGCUCGAGCAAGAGAUCCAAGUAGGCCUGUUAAGACGGGCAGCUCUCAGUUCGUUAGGGAGCUACGGAGCCGCACCUUCCCAGGUGCGGAUGAAGUUUUGCUAAAGCCGUCUGGUGCUCAGCUGACAGUGGAGUUUCUGGAAGAGCAUUCAUUCAGUGUUCCUGUUAUGGUGCUGAGGCGUGAUGGCCUAGGCAUGACCCUUCCUCCAGCAUCAUUUAGCGUCAGCGAUGUAGAGCACUACAUCGGUUCGGAUAAACAGAUUGACGUGAUUGAUGUGUCUCGCCAAUGUGACCUGAAGAUGCGGUUAGGAGACUUUGUUGAAUACUACAACAGCCCCAACAGAGACAAAGUGCUCAAUGUCAUCAGCCUGGAGUUUUCUGAGACCAGGCUCUCGAACCUGGUGGAGACUCCAAAGAUUGUGAGGAAACUAUCGUGGGUGGAAAACCUCUGGCCUGAAGAGUCUGUGUUUGAACGCCCUAAUGUGCAGAAGUACUGUCUAAUGGGAGUGAAAGACAGCUACACAGAUUUCCACAUUGACUUUGGAGGCACAUCAGUAUGGUACCAUGUCCUGAGGGGCGAGAAAAUCUUCUACCUAAUUUCCCCCACUGCAGCCAACUUGGCACUUUUUGAGCGGUGGAGUUCCUCAUCUAAUCAGAAUGAGAUGUUUUUUGGAGACCAAGUGGAUAUGUGUUACAAGUGCUCUCUUAAACAAGGAAACACCAUGUUCAUACCAACAGGUUGGAUUCAUGCUGUGCUGACUCCAGUGGACUGCCUGGCCUUCGGAGGAAACUUCUUGCAUAGUCUCAACAUUGAUAUGCAGCUUCGGGCAUAUGAAAUAGAGAAGAGAUUGAGCACAGCAGACUUGUUCCGUUUUCCCAACUUUGAGACUGUGUGCUGGUAUGUUGGAAAGCACCUUCUUGAUACCUUCAGAGGUUUGAGAGAAAACCGCAGACAUCCUGCCACUUACUUGGUUCACGGAGCUAAGGCCUUGAACAAUGCCUUCCGCAUCUGGACCCGUAAAGAGGCUUUAGCAGAUCAUGAAGUGGAGAUUCCAGAAACCAUAAAUACUCAGACACUGGUGAAGGACCUGGCCAAAGAGAUUCGUCUGGUUGAGGACAUCUUCCAGCAAAACAUUGGCCGCACUGGACCUCAGUUUCCUGGUUCUCCAAUCUCUAAAGCUCCCCUGACCACCUCUCAGAAUUCAGGACGCCCUCCUGGAAAAAAGAAAGGACCCAAGCCCAAGGAGAUGAUGGGGGGUCUCGGGCCUCCAGGAACUAAGAAGAAGGGUCAGAAGGGGCUACUUAAGGCAGAAGCAGGAGAACUUGACCUCAUUGAGAUCCACACAAAACAUACACUCAAAAAAUGUCAACAUGGAAAGUCCAAAAAUAAGAACAAGCUGGAGUUGCCUUUAGAUGAGUUUGAAGGGAAGCUAAAGAAAAGCAAACUGAAACUUGUGCUGACCAAUGGAAAACUCCACGGUAAGAAGAUCGGCAGCAGUAAUGGUGCAGGAAGGGCAGGAAAGUAUAAACACCUUGCCAUGGAGGGAUCUAGUCUGUCUGACUUGGAAUCCGAGGAUGAGCUGCAGAUUGACGAAACCCCUCCUCCACGACGUAAGCCUGCAGGACCUAACAAGAAAAAGAAACUUAGUGGUCUUCCGAGGAAGCUGCCCAGAGCCAAACCCUGCUCUGACCCCAAUCGCAUCAGGGAGCCAGGAGAGGUAGACUUCGACAUUGAGGAGGAUUACACCACAGAUGAAGAAGCACUAGCCGCCCACGGGGUAAAGGGUGGCGCAGGGGGAAUUCUGGACUUAUUGAAGGCCAGCAAGCAAGUGGCAGGCUUGGACUCCGCAACACUCAGUGAGGAAGCCCCAGCCUCUCCCAGUACUCGUGAUGCCAUACAGGGUAUGCUGUCCAUGGCCAACCCCCCUUCCUCGUCCUCAUCUUCCUCCUCUUCAUCUCCCCUAUCCAUUUCUGGAGGCCUGACAGAGGGAUUAGGGGUGGUCAAGGAAAAGGGUGGCAGGGCAGUAUGGGUGACUGGAGGGGUCAAAAAGACUCCUGAGAAGAAACCUGUCAUUCAGCGUCCUGGGAAACGGCCAAUUAAACGGCCAGCCCGUCACCUUAGUGACGAGGACAGUCCAGAUGAGCAAGAGACUCUGGGAACCUGUUUUAAAGAUUCAGACUAUGUUUACCCGUCCUUGGAGUCUGAUGAGGAGGACCGUGCUAACAAGGCUAAGAUGAAGCGGAAGAAAAACUGGGAUGAUACACCUUGGAGCCCGAAAGCCAGGGUGAUGCCUACCCUACCUAAACAGGAUCGACCAGCCAGGGAAGGGGCUAGAGUCGCAGCUGUAGAAACUGGCCUUGCCGCAGCUGCUGCCAAGCUGGCACAACAAGAGCAGCAAAAGCCUGCAAGAAGAAAGUACACCAAAAAGCAGCGUCCUCCAGCUCCUGUAGCCCCUCCUCCCCCUGUUCAGACUGAGCCAGCCCCACCCUCACCACCACCUGCUCCAGAGACUGCAGCAGACUUGAGCCCAGACAGGAGGAUGGAUUAUUACUCUGCAAGUCUGUUGGACCAUGAAUACACUGCAGGGCCAGGACCAUUUGGCCCUGGAGGCCCAAGAGGCAGUGGAGCUAUGGCCCCUGGUGUAUUCCUCACUUCACGCCGGCCUUCACUUUCUCCACAGAACAGCAGCUCUCACUCUGGUACAUCCCCUGCAGGUUUAACCAGCCAGAGCACAACAGGAGUUGUUCAAGGGAAGCGUCCAAAGAAAGGACUUGCGACUGCAAAACAGAGACUUGGAAAGAUUCUGAAAAUUCAUCGUAACGGCAAACUUCUCUUGUGAGAGAUGUUGGGAAAAUGUCUGAAAACUUAAAAGUGGGAAUGAAGAAAAAGGCUUUAGUGAAGUAGCUCUUAAAGAAAUAGAGAUAGUGAUCUAUAUUUUGUACUCUAUAUAAAUGUUUACUGUUUUCAGCUGUUAUUGAACCUCACUAUAGCUUGUCUUGUACACCAUUUACUCUGCCCAUUUAUCCAUAUCUGUUCAAAUGUGUUUCAAAGGCAUAUGUGUGACUUAAAACAUAUGGUAAGUACUUCUUUAUGGUCAUAUACCAUUUGACGUUUGCAAUCGGAAAUUGUGAGGCACAUUUUAAAAUGUAGGUGGACAUGCAUUCAACUAGUGUGAUCAAUUUACAAAACUCAAUUGUUUCUUUUAUUUAGUUUUUUUUUUUUUGUGGUUCUACUUACGUGAAGACCUUACUGUCCAUCAUACAUUUCAAAAAGGGAAGGGAAAAACAAUGCAUUUUAUGGUCUGGUCAAAUGUAAUGUCCUUUUGUACCUCUUUAAAACAUGUGUUUCCUAUGAUGAUUACAGGAUCCUAAUCUCGACACAAAUUAAACAGUUGUGCAAAAAUUCAGUGUAUGCAAAGCAGCACCCAAAAUGCAACAUGCAUAAGUUAUUUUUCAGGGAUUUGUCAUGAAGUGUGUGUACAACUCCUUUUCCUCCAUAAACUGUAGCUCUACACAUGACGUUAUAAGCACUCAACUGAUGCCAAGAGUAACAUCAUACAGCUCUAUUUAUUGUUAUUAUAUUUAUUUUAACAAGGCAGCCUUUUGCCAUCUCUCAGCUUGUUUCAACAUGGUAUACUUUACCACUUCAUCGUCUUGGUCCCUACUUUAAUUAUUUUCAACCACUUAAUAACUGUACAAAAAUUGUUUUCAUUGCUUUUCUUUUUUUUUUUACAGUUGUCAUUGUAAAUAUUUGUAAUAUUUGUAAUUUAUAUAGCUACAUUGGAAGAGCAGAACAAUUUUAUGCGAUGAAGAGACAUAAUUUGUGCCCCAAGUUUUGGAAGCAUUCUUGGGCCAGUUGUGGAUCUUUACACAGAAUGCGCUGGUUCUAAAAUGUCAGCAGAAGUGUAGAUUUAACUGUGUGAAGGUGCAGGACUUGAGUUGAUAUGUAAAUAUAUGUUGUAAUUUAAGUUCUUUUAUAGUUCAAAACAUUUUAAAUCUUUCUUAACAUAACUUGUACAUGAUACAUUGCUCUAUUUAGAAAAUAUCUGAAAUAGUUUUUUUUUAUAUUUGUACGCAGUAAUUGUCUUGCUGCUUAGUUUGUCAUGUUGUCUUGUCAGUGUAAUAGUGAAAA